ACAGCCACACUGAAGGUCACAAUAGAAAAAUAAAGCCUUUUUCUUUUGUUUUAAACUACGAUUUUUUAAUGUAAAAACGCCUGUUCAGAUACCACAAAUAUGCACAAUCGUCCGCCCGCAGUGCUGUGCAAGCAGAGUGCUUAGAAUUCGGACAAAUGACGCGUGUUUUCAGUGCCAAUUGUGCGGUGUUUUCAGUGUAGUAUACAACUUUUUGUGUCUCUACGAAAAUUUUCUCCCGUUCUCGGGGACGCAUGAAAAAUGGCGGCGUCCUCAGCUGCGGCUGCGGCGACCACAGUUCCGAUUCCAAAUCCAAACCACAUCCCGCUACCCACGGAGGCAAUCUCGGAGGAGUGCAAGGACGACGACGCCCUCAGCUCCACACUCCACACGUGCGCCAAUGAUCCGGACUUUGCGGUGAUUUGUGCCUUCCUGCAGAAGUUCGCCAAGGACUUGGGCCUGAACUUGCCGAAUUUCAAGCAUUUGCAGGAGUGGCUGACCAACAACGAUGAAGUUGCCGAACUAAGAGACCUGCAUAUAAAACUACUGCGAAAGACCCGUAAGACGGUCCACGAGAAGAGCUGGGAGUCGGCCCUCAGCAAGUUCUGUUUCGGUUACUCAGUCCAGGAUGCCUGGGAGAUCGAGCGCUUUGGCUAUAAGAACUCCAGCCUGAAAGUCAAGCUGCGUAUAUUUCGUGAACUCCUUGAGAGCCAGUUUGAGCGCAAUGCCAAGUUCCGUGCCCACAUCCUUACACUGAACGCAGACACUCUGCGAUCGGAGCCCAUUGGACGGGAUCGACUAGGCCACGCCUACUGGCUCACCCAGGACGCCGACUGCAACCUGCGCAUAUACCAAGAGCAUCUGGACGAGGAGAUCUGGCAGGUGGUGGCCACAAACCGGGAUGAGUUUGUCAAUCUUAUCGCCAGGCUGCGUGGCAACGAGGUGGUGCUGCCCUCCAAGGACAUUGGUGAGGCCGACGAGGACACCAGUAGCAGCAACAGCUGUCCGGCCAAGCCACCGCCCCCAGUGGAAAGGGAGGAGGAAGAGGAUGACGAGGAGGAUGAAGAAGAGGAGCCACAACGAAAGGAGGAGGCACCGGAAGUCGUAAAAACAGUGCCCAAUCUGAAGAUUAAGCUACGUUCACCCGAUCAGGAGGAGCAAAAGGCCAAAAGGGUUAAGCCCCUGCUUAUCAGUCAGGCCAAGCUGGGAGGAAAUUCGUCGCCGGCCCCGGCUAAAAAGCGUUCCAUUGAGGACGUAGACAGCAGCCCCACCGCCGCAGCAUCGCAGGAGGAGCAGCAAAAGAAACAUCGUCCCACGCUGCUGGACACCAAGCGCAUCAAGAAGCCCAGUCGUUACGAGAGCACCAAGGAUGAAAACGAAGGUGAAUCUGGCGAGGAAGAGGAAGAAGGCGACGAGGAGGAGGACUCGGAGUUGGAUGAGGGCGAAGAGGAGGAUGAGGAGGAGGACAUAGACAGUGCAGCGGCUGACAUUGAAGAGGACGAUGAUGAUGAGGACGAAGAAGUGGGCGAAGCUGUCGAGGAACCAACUGUAGUGGUCCGCGGGGAAGGAUCCGGACGCGAAAACGAGGCUAUUCCAGACCACGAUUUGCUGUCGAGUAACUUUAAUUACGAGGACAAUCUCGAGUUCAGUGAAAUCAUCGAGGAUCCUGUUCUCUAUGUCUCCAGUCAAGGCAGUGGCGCCGAGUGCCUGGUGGGUAAUGGCCAGCACGAAGCCCCGGCGGAGGAAACCACUUCGACUCAGUCCGAGCCCAAGGCCACGUUCUUCUUCGGCGAGCCGGGAUGCCUCAAGCUAAGCCCCAUGAAGCAAAACCAAAAGCCAGAGGCAAAGCGCAGCAUUUUCGACAGCCUGGGCGGUGAGGAGAAGACCAAUGGGGACAGCCAAAACUCCAGGGAAGAGACUCCGCCGCGCAACGGCAGCGAGCUUAAGGAGAUUCCAUCGACUACUGAGGCUGCCGCUGAAGCUGAAGCUGCUGCACCCAGCGAACAGAACUCCGAUGAACAGGUGGUUAACGAAACGACAAUCUCAGAGGAAAAAGGGAGCGAAGCACCCAAGUCACCUGCAAAUACAGAUAAAGAGGAAUCUAAGAACAAUGUGAUGGAUAAGAAUAUGGAAAUCUCCAAUGCGACAGAAGCUAAAGAAGAGCUUGCCACGAACAUCAAGGACGAAUUUGUGCAAAGUAAAUUAGAAAACGAUGGACAAUCAUCACAAGCUUCACAGGUAAAAGGUUCUGAGGAGAAGGCAGUCCCCCUGGAAUCUUUGAAUCAAGAAACCGAGAAAGCAAAUGGCCCAGUUCCAAACGAAAGCAAACUCACCGAGGAGGACACACCCUUAGAGGCCCAUCAGGAGAAAGAUGAAUUUACCACAAGCAGGACUACCCUAAACAAUGACAAUUUUUCAAUGGCAACAGAAGCAGUUAGGGAAAACCAAAAUGUAAAGGAAAUUGAAACCGAAAACGAAACUAAACCGGAAGCGGAAGCGGAAACGGUAGACAGCUCUGCAAAGGCUACCUGCAAAUCUGAAAAGACUCUAGAGACAAAAUUGGUGAAAGAAUCAAGCGAAGAUAGUAUUAAGCCAGAAAAGACUACUGAAGGUGUGAAAAAAGAAAGUCAAGAGAGCUUAAAGCCAGAGUCUGUAGCUAAUAUUAAUAUAAAUGAGCCAGAAAAGCCAGUAAAUGAGCAAGAACCAUUCUCCAAACUAGCUGCAGAUCAGACUAAAUCAAUUUCUAGCAGCGUGGAAACUAUAAAAUCCACCGAGGAAGAAAAGAAAAAUGUACAACACGAAGUGCCCAGUACUUCUCAAGGCAAAAAUAAAACCGAUAAUACUGAGGCCAUGGAGAAAAACGCUUCCAAACCGAUCGAGGCUAAGCUUCCUCCUGCACCGCCCAACAGAAAACGUCGUCUAAAUGACUGCCAGCCUGCUCCCAGGAACUCCACGUCCGAGAGCGAAAUACAGGAAGAGGAGAUCCAGUUGCAGGAUAAUGAAGAUCCUCCUCUGGACGACCUGGAUGUGGGCGGCAAACGCAUAAAGAUGCGCCCCAAAACAUCCAAUGUGGAGGUCCGGCGCAAAGUGGAGGCUCAGAAGACACAGAUCGAGGAGACAACAUCUUCCAGCGGAGAGGACGAUCCGCGCAGUCGUCGUAAGAUCAUAGCCCCAAAGAGACACCUAGAAAAGACGACGCCACCAAAACAAAAGCCCACCCUGGCCGAAAUUAUUGAGAAGAAGCUGAAGAAGACACCGGAAAAGGGACCGCCGGAGAAGCCGGAAGCUGUGGAGGAAAUUUCCGAGAAGCUAGCAAAAGAGAAGACCCCACCUCCCCCGCCAGUAAGGGAAGUCACACCACCACCACUUGUCUCCUCCUCUAAAAAGUCGCCGGUAACAAAACCGCUGAAAAAGAACCUGCUGCUUACCCAGCUAAGACAAGGAGAUGACAGCGAGGAGGAGGCUAUUCCCAGAAAGCGGACAAACAGCGACAAUGCCCUGCCAGAGGCCACAAAUCCCAAUGCUCCCCUUGGAGUCCCUGAAGCCACGCAGCAUCGGAAGCGUCGCAGCAGUGAAGAGGCCAAGGAGGUCACCUCCAAGGAGUCCUCUGAAAGUGCACCUUCUGUGGUCUGCGAGAAGCUGAAGCGCAACAACGAGCAGGACAUCAAGGAGGAGGCUGAAACUACCACAGAGGAGGAUCCACUGGCAUUGCCAGCCAAGGACUCGUCGUCACCGCCUUCUGUCAAAGAACCAGGCUCCAUCCCUGAGGGAUCAGCAGCAGCCCGUCGGUCUGGACGUCGUGGUGGAGCCGCUGUAGUUUACUCCGAGCUGCCUCAGCCCAAGAGAACGCGAGGUGGAGCCAAGGAGCAGUCUCAGCCAGAUGUUAAAUCGGAGGUAAAGCAGGAAUCCGAUGAAGAGAAGGAGGAGGAGCAGGAGGAUGAAGAAGAGGAAAAGGAAGCCACUCCAGUGAAACCAAAGGCGGAAAUCAAAAAGGAAGAACCCAAGGCGAAACUGGAAAAGGAAAAGUCUUUGGAAAAGGAGCAGCCCGACAAGGAGGAACCCAAAGAGGAACCCAAGCCCAAGGUGGGCCGGGGACGUGGUCCGCGCAAGAAGCGUGAAGUGGACACCACCAACAUCAUCGAAGCCACCGACUCCGAGACCCCCGUGCGUCAAUCCCGUCGCAUUGCCCAGCAGAAGAUCAAGGAGGAGGCUGAACGCCGCAAGCUGGAAGAGGUUGCCCUUCGCUCCAUGAAACAGGAGCUCAAGAAAAAGAAAAAGGCCGAGAAGGAGGCUGAUCCCACAGUGCUGGAACCCUCCGGCGAGGAAUCUGAAGAAUCGGAGGCCAGCGAGGCGGCGGAGGAAGAGGCUCGCAAUAAGAAGAAAAAGAAGUGUCCCGGCAAGGAUGGCGCCUGGUCAUCGGAUUCCGAGGAGCAGCCAGAAAGCGAGGAGGAGGAGGAGGAGCCUCCGCACUAUGACACGGAUCCGGGCUCACCACUCUUCCGCUCUGACCAUGAAUUUUCGCCCGAAUCCGAGCUGGAGGAUGAGUCGCAGGUGGUGCCCAUGAAGCGGGCACGCACCGUGCGCAAGGAGAAUGCCGCCGAGGAGGAAGAGGACGAUGCGGAAGAGGCGUGCCAAGAGUGCGGCAAGUCGGAUCAUCCCGAAUGGAUACUGCUCUGCGACACACCCGCCUGCAACAAGGGCUACCACUGUUCCUGCCUCUCUCCCGUGCUCUUCUACAUCCCGGAGGGCGACUGGCACUGUCCGCCCUGCCAGCAGGAGCAGCUCAUCACCGCCUUGGAGAGUCAGCUGGAGAAGUUCGAUGCCUUGGUGGCCCAGAAGCAGCAAGAACGAAGGCUGGCCGAGGAGCAGGCAGAGCGGGAUCGUCAGGCAGCUGCCCAUCUGGCGGCAAAUGACAAUGGCGGCGACAAGAGGAGGAACAAGGACGAUGAUGAUGACGAUGAGGAGGAGGAAGAUGAGCAGGAAGUCAAGGUGGACAAGGUCAAGCGACGUCGCGGCGAUGGGCGCAGCAACAGACGUGCCGCCAAGCGAGGCACCAGGCGUCGACGAGGUGAUGAGUCUGCCUCCAGCAAUGGCAAAUCCGCGGGCAGUGGCUCUGGCUCUGGCUCGGGCUCCAGAUCCGGCUCCAGCAGCUCUAGCAGCAGCAGCUUCUCGGACUCGGACGAUGAGCCCAUCUACAAGCUGCGCAAGCGGCGGCAGAUCAAUGUGAGCUAUCGCCUCAACGAGUACGAUGACCUCAUCAAUUCGGCGCUAAAGAAGGAAAUGGAUGAGGUGGCCGGUGCUGGGAAUCUAGGACGCGGCAAAGACAUCUCCACCAUUAUUGAGGCGGAUAAGGAGAAGGCGCAGGAGCCUCCACCGAUGGCCAAUGACGUAAACAACGAGAAUGAGAAAAAGCAGCAGCAGGAGAAGUCAAAAUCAAAAUCCAAAUCCAGUGGCAGCUCCUCCUCCGAUGACGAGGUGCUACUCAAGCGCAGCAGCAACAAAUCCAGCAAGCAGCCGCCGGCCAAAAAGAAGCCCCGCAAGCUGACCACCUUGGAUGUGAGCAGCGAGGAGGAUCACGGCAGCGACGAGGACUUUAAGACCUCCAGCUACUCGGAUGAAGACACCUCACAGUCCGGUUCCGGGGACUCUGACUCUAGCCUGGAGGUAUACAGGCGGCCCGGCAGAGGGAAGAAACAACGGAAAGCGGCCAGAAGAGCAGCGCGCGAGAGACGCAAAGAUCGCAAGUUUGUGGUAGAGGAGAGCGACGAGAGUGAGGAGGAAGUGCAGCGGCGCAGCACCAAGUCCAGCAAGAAGAAGAAGAAGGAGGACUCAGACUACACGGAAACGGAAACCGAUGACGACGACAACGGUUCCGAGCUAUCCGAGAACGUGGACAGCGCUGAUCUGUGCGAUGAUACGACUUCCGAAAGCGAUGACGGCGCCUGGCAUCCCUCCAAAAAGAAGAAGAAGGGGUCUUCAAAUGCCAAGAAAUCCAGCUCCUCGUCAGCCAUAGCCAGGAAAUCUCCGAAAUUAAAGAAACCCGCCAGUCAGCCAGCUAAGAAAACCAAGCGGCUAGAGUACUCCGACGACGACAUCAGCGAAAGCGAACCGGAAGAGGAUGAAGAUGAGGAUCGCGACGAUGAUGAUGGAGCACCCCUCUCAGGCAAGGGUUCCGGCAAACAGCCACGCUCUCAGCCCCUUAAAACCAGUGGCUCCCUGGCAGGGCAGUCGGGCAAGGGAAAGGGCAAAGGCAAGGCCAAGAAAAAGAAGGCAGCAUCCUCUUCCGAUGAGGAGGAGGAGGGUAACGCCUCAGAUGAUCGCACCCGGACGCGUGGACGCCGCUAUGCCUACAUCGAGGAGGACGACGACAGUUCCGAUGGCGGCAUUAAACCCGGUGUCCACCGACCUGACACACCGCCGGAGGAGCGUCAGAAGUUUAUCCAACGGCAGGAGGAGAUCAAGCGUAUGCUGGCCGAAAAGAAUGCCGAGGGAGCCAAGCUGGCAGCCACUCCCCGCUUAACGCCCAUCAAGUCAGGAGGAGCUGGAGGAGGAACUGGUCCGGAGAAGCGUACGCCCGGCAAGGCCGCCGGUGCCGGUGGCGAUUCUCUGUCCACUGUGCCGCUUUCGGUUAUACGGCAGGCCAAGGUGCUGGACAUCGACUACCUGCAGCGCAAGGGUGAGACUAUUGGCGACCUGGAUGACGUGGAUGAAUCGGAGUUGGAUGAUGCCGAGCUGCCCGAUGACUUGCCCGAUGAUAUGGAGGACAUGGAUGCCAUAGCACGCAUGGUGGAGGAGGAGGAGCAGUUCAGUGCCGCUGCGGCAGCCCGGGAGCUGCCCGGAGCCGAAGAGGUAUUACGCACCACGCCCUCCAAGUCCAAGCAAGCAGCGAGCAGGGCGGCUCCCGAGGUCACAGUUCCGCCUCCUAGUGCAUCCGGCCUGCAGGAGCCACAUCGCAAGCGUUUGCCCAUGCCUACGAUGCAUCCGCCGCUGCUACGCCAUCAGUUCCCGAUGUCCGUCAGUCAAGGACAUCCGUCAGCCUCGCUCCUGCCACCACAGCCAUCGCCACACGGGAUGCAUCCCAUGCUACAGCGUCAUUUGUCGCAGGCGGUGCCGCCACCCCAGGCCAUGCAGCUGCUACAGAACGCCUUGUCCGCUCCGCUGGGACAGCCUUUGGGAAGGGCCAACUAUGCGCCAGGUCCCCCAACGGCUCAGCAUUUGCCGUUAGUUAUGUCCCAUCUAAUGCAGGCUGCAGUGCGUCCGCCCGAUGCUGGAGCGGCAGGAGCUCCCCCAGCCGACACCAAGCCACGUGGCAGACGGAAAAAGGUCACACCGCUCAGGGAUCAGCUGCAGAAGCAACAAACGGCGGCAGCUGUCACGGCGGCCACAUCAUCAUCGGUGGCUCCGGCGGCGACGGCUUCGGUUCCAGCGGAAAAGUUAAAGGGACCUCAGCCCCAACCUCUGUUUAAGCCACACGAGGAUGCUCCUCCACACGCUACUCCCAGCGCUCCCUCGCAGGCCUCUGUGAUCACCCGGAUGCCGCCGGCCCACCUGCCCCUACCCCAUGGACGGGGACACGGACACGGUCAUGGUCCACCCGCCGGCAUGUAUCCCAGCAGCGCAGAGCUGGCCCGCUUCUAUAGUCAAGUGGCUGGUCAGCCGCCACCUGUCUCCGCUGCCUCCACUGGAUCCCGCUCUCCCUCAUCUUCGCCUGGACCGCCGCGUCACCUUCUGCGUCCGCAACUACCGCCUGGUCUUCCGCCACCGCACUCAGCUUUACGUCCCACCUAUGGACCGCCGCCACCACUAAGGGGAUCCGGCCCGCCCACAUCGACGGCCAGCGGAAGUGGAGGAGCGCCGAAUACACGUCCGCCCUACCUCCACGGUGCGGAGCAUCACGGCGGGCCUGCCGGACCACCAAUGGGAGGAGCUUAUGGCUCUGGACCACCACCAGCACGUCAUGCAUCACCCCACUUGAAUCCGUACAGAGCGCCACCCAUUUACGGCAAUCCCAACUAUCCGCCUCGUGUGGGAGGAGGACCGCCAGGAGGACCUCCAGGACCUGGUAAUAUGCGACCAGGAUCUGUGGACUAUGCGGCCGGACCACGCGGAUAUCCUCCCUAUGGCUACUAUCCCCCGCCGCCACCACUGAGCACGCCGCCUUCCCAAGCACCGCCCAAUUCGGUGAUCGUCAGUGUUCCGCAGCUGGUGACAACCACCAAUCACUCGGUGUCCGCUUUGACACGUGCAGGCAAAGCUCCCCCCGCAUCAGGACCGCCGCCUCAAAGUGCACCCACUCUGCCACCUGCUGCAGCAUCAUCCGUAGCACCUGUAAUCACCGACAAGCCAACGGCUACAGUGGCUUCUGUGAUUACAAGCAAAAAGCUAACCACUUUGGGUGCUUACCCCAUUAGCAAAUCUCCGCCAGCCGUAGUGGGCGAGGUUUCCAGGGCAGCAGGAGCCACCAAUUCACCGGCGACCCUUGCCGAAGAUGACUCGGGAUCGGCUCAUGACACAACAGCGCCGCCAGCUGCCACGGGUGCCACGGCCGUGGGCGAGUUUAGUGGCUUGGUGAGCUACUUUAGUUCGCAGCAGGACGACUAUGACACAUAACAAACGCCGGCGGGCGCCUAAGGAGAGAAAUUCUGUAAAUAUAUGUAGUAGCUGAUAGCUGUAAGUGAGGAUUAUGGAGUACUUUAAGGGCAGGGGCAAGGGGUCUACAAAUAUCCUGCUUUAGGCCACUUAUCGGAAAUUUACUCCCGCAAAAGCAAUUUAGACGAAAAAUCUUUUUGAGAAUUUUUUUAAUAUAAUUUUGAAGCAUGUGGAAAUAUACUACGUUGUAUGAUAAUCUUAUGAGCUGAUUUGAUUGUUUUGUGUUGUAUAGAAAUUUAGUUUGACCUUUUCCACUUUAAAUAAUUUAUUUAUUUUACCUAUCCCAUAAAUUUCUGUGCUCUUAGAGUUCUUAGCUAAAGCAAAACAUCAACUUCAUCUAGUAUUCUAAUUUUAGAUGUAUAUUUUAUGGGAGUUGUAGCGAAAUGCGCAUAAGUUAUCUAUGAUACAUACCAUUAAUGAGUACUAAACUAUAAUAUAAUAAUAAACUAUAAACGAAUAAUACCCUAAACAUAAUGCAAUGUACACUAACGAAUACAUAGGUCGAGUAAUAAACCCCACUAAGCAAUUGGAAUAUGAGCAUGCAGUGCAUAUUACAAACAACAAGUUAAACCUACCUAUACACCAUUAUAACAAAAUGCAAAUGGUAUACUAAGAUCAAAGAUGG